AUGAGGCGAUCGGGCGGACCGGCAUCGCCGCUUCUGCUGAGGCGCUUCGCUUUCUUCCUGUUGCUGCUGCCAGGGGUUUGCCCGUCCACGGCCGGGCCGACGAGCGAAGCCCCUCCGAAGCCGUCCACCAGUCCGGGCGGAGCCACCGUGGCGGGAUCGACAACAGAACUCCCUCCUCCUUCGCCGCUGAACCGGGCGACCUCGACGCCGGGCCCCGUCGAGGCAUCCAGUCCGCCUCUCACGUCUUCCCAAACGCCGUCUCACGUCGGCCCGUGGCCGGCGCCCGUGACCAAGGUGACUGAGCUAUGCGUCUGUGACCUGCUGGAGGAUCAAUGUGAUAUAAACUGUUGUUGCGAUCCUGUUUGCACAGCUGCGGAUUUCAGUGUUUUUACUGCAUGUUCUGUUCCCGUUGUCACAGGUGACAGGCAUUUCUGCAAGCAACCAGAAGCCCACUAUUCAAUAGAUCAAUCAGCUCAGCCUCCAGAAAGGAUAUUUCAGCUAGUUGAAAAAGUCAACCCUUCUGUGUUCUGCCUUCAGACCUCCAACUAUAAAGCUGGCCUCUCCUUCCAAGCUCCAGAAAUACCCACUCUGCAGAAUUUUGAUAGGCUCCUUCAAGAAUUCGACAGGGGCAGCUUUGCUCCUGGAAAGGAUCUUGUGCUGGAAGCAGAGUCCGAGACCCUGCGUGAGGCUGGUGCAAACGACACCAGCAGUUACAAAUUUAAGGAUCUCAUUCAGACAACCAACGGCUUUCUGAGGCUGCCUGCUCCACUUUUUUCCCAUUGUGCUCAUGAGAAUCCUGCAGGCUUCUUAAUGACCCAGGCUGAAAAAUGCAACACGGCGAUCAAAAUGGAUGAGUGCACCACCCUUCCCGAACUCAGCAUGCUGUUUUACACCAAUUUUAGCAUUUUGGCGGUACCAAAUUCCAGCCAAACAGUUAACGUCACCAUCCAGUCCGUCACAGUUCAGACGCCAGAGGGGCUGCGCACUCGCCUGGCUAAUGCAGAUGUUGUGUUGCUCCCUGUGUUAAAUGAUCAGUCGUGCAGCAAUCUUGUUCUUGAGGCCAGUUACCUCGUUACCUUUACUGAGGCAGGUGAAAUCGUGGGGGCAGCCAUUUCACUGGUCCUGGGGACAGUUCCUAGCAGCGCUGCUUUUCUGCAGCAGAUCUUUGCUAUCCGUUUCAUACAGCAAGAUACUCAGCCCGUUCCUUUCAGUGGAAGCCCAGGUUAUCUUGUUGGGUUGCCAAUAAGAGCUGGAUUUAGAUCAACUGGUUCUGGAAUCAUUCAGAGUUUGAACGAAGGAAGCCAGCUGACCAUGAUGAAAAGCACCAUAGCCCAGGAUUGUUUCCAGGUGGAAGGGAGCCGAACCCCAGUACUGUUUGGGUACAAUAUGAUGUCUGGAUGCAAAGUGCGAAUUACCAACAGUGUCGACUGUACACUUCUGGCUCCAGAGCUCCUAAGGAUGUUGAAGGGCCAAAAUUUUCCAGACUAUGUGGCCUCCUUUGGAGAUUCCUUGCCUCAGAACGGACCAGACUGGGUCCAAAUCUCUUACAAUUCUACCAAACCGGCCACCUGUGAAAUCCCCGUGUCCUUUGAAAUGGAAGUGAAGUGGACUAAAUACGGCUCCUUGGUUAACCCCCAGGCUAAAAUUGAGAGCCUCGCGGUGAUCAUAACAACGGCUGCCUUACCCAAGGUCGAUUCAGGAAGUGAAAGCAUCGUCCAGAUACUCAGCUCCGUUUCGUUUGUUGAUAUCUCUGCCCCUGCCAAGCCAGGAUACAAGGCUUGGCCCACCAUUGAGGCCCACCUGCCCUUUGAUUUUUUCUUCCCUUUUGUUUAA